AAAUGCAAGACAUUAAUGGUUUGAAGGUUUUGAUUGGUGUCAUUGUAGUGUUGCUGUUGGUCGCCCAUGAUGGUGUGUUAUCGUUAGGGUUGAGAGUGAAUAAUAAUCCUACUAUUAUUGGUGAUCAAAUUAUUCCAGUAGAAAUCAACGUUUUUUAUUCGAAUCCACAACUUUCUUCUCCGAAAUUGUUUAUCAGAGGAAACCUGAGUCCAAUAAUGUCAUGGAAUAGGGGUUUAAAACUUGAAGAGUCUAAACUCUCAUCAGGAGUCUAUCAAUUACAAUUCAACACUACCCAAAACCAAUUACAAAAUAUUGGAAACCUAUUCGAAUUCAAAGCUCUCAUUAAUGACCAAGAUUGGGAAAUUGGAACCAACAACCAAUUUAUUCUCUCACUAACUGCCAGAAAUUCCAUUUCAAUCUAUCCAUGGUUCUAUCAAAAGAAAGGUUCCAUUCAAACAUUACAAAAUGUCUACUCACCAAUUUUACAAAAUUACAGAAAUAUUUCCCUUUACCUUCCACCUUCAUAUUUUGAAAAUCAGGCAAAGACAUUUGAUAAUUUAUUGAUCAUGCACGAUGGACAGAAUUUAUUUGAUCCAGCAACAGCCUUCCUCAAUCAAGCUUGGAUGAUUCAGAAUACCCUUGAUCCAUUGAUUACUUCCAUGGAUCCAUCCUAUGCCAUGGAGGAGAUUAUAGUGAUUGGAAUUGAUAAUACACCAGAUCGAUUGAAUGAAUAUACCUAUUCAAAAGAUAAGGAUUAUGGUGGAGGAAAGGGAGAUUUAUAUUUGGACUUUAUUGAACAUGAGGUUCUUCCUUAUUUGUUGGCCAAGUUUUCCCAGAGAUGGGUUCUGAGGAAUGAUAAAUUGGGAAUUUUGGGUUCAUCACUUGGUGGACUCAUUUCGUGCUAUGCUGGUUGGACUCGUUCCUCAAUCUACUCAAAGAUUGGAUGUAUGAGCAGUAGUUUUUGGUGGAAUAAUCAGGACUUCAACAAUACCAUUCUCAAUAGACCAUACACUCCAUCGAACAUUAACAUUUAUUUGGAUAGUGGUGAUAGUGGUGAUGGAAAUGAUGAUGUAAUUCAGACUCAAACCGUUACCAAGCACAUUUUGAACAAGGGCUCCUUCAAACUCAAUCAGAAUGUUUACUAUUAUCUCGAUAAGGGUGCUUCACACAAUGAAUAUUAUUGGGGUCGGAGAUUUCACGAGCCAAUGUUGGCCCUGUAUAAGAAAUCUCCUCUAUAUUCCAAGUUCAAUAGACUCUACUGAUCUUGCUUCCAUUUUCAUUUUUGAAUCGACCAGUGCAAAUGGUCCUAUCUAUUGGAUUGGAAUUGGAAACGGGAAUUGAGCGAAAUUAACCUUAAUCCCUUUUUUCACCUUGAUGUUUUCACAAUAAAACUGUUCCAAGUACACUUGAUAUUG